AUGCGACGUGACUGCACAGGCCGAAAGCUGAACAGCACUCACCCAAGUCCGAGCCGAACAGCUUUGCGAAACAGCUGAGGUGAAUCGUUGUUUUGACUAUUCUCGACUAUUCGCGCGGAAGCAGCAGCCGAAGCAUACCUCGAGGACGAGUACAAGAUCGGGCAUGACUUUGACCAACAUCGGUGGGCCGCAGGUCAGUCAGGUACCUGCUUUCGCAAGUCCGAGGAUGAACUGACGCUAUGCCCCCCCCCCCCCCCCCCCCACCCUCGUCGCGAGCGAUAGUUUUUUGACGGAUCAGCUUGCCCCGGUCAUGCCUCGUCAUGGUGGGAUCAAGACGUCGCGACCCUCGCGUCGUUAA